UCAACUGAAGCUCCAGAACUGACACGUCGAGCCACGGCCCCGGUCCGACUUCAAGAGCUGCUGCACCAGGCCAAGUACACCCCUCCUGCUGUCGAGGUGCCAAAGGAGACGCCGCUAGCUGACGGCGAGGUCCAACCAUACCGUCAUCUCGCGCACAGCAUCGUCUCAAGAACGCUGGCCCAUGAGAUGGAGCACCGCCGCACCAAGGGCCCCGAAAUGAGCCAGCGCGACUGGAAGUUGCUCAAGCGCCACAACGAGCUCAGUAUCUACAAGCGCCGGGCCCCAGAGCAGUCGCAACAAACGCAGCGGCCCAUGGUUCUCUGUGUCGGAUCAAUCGCCGGAGACAUUGAAGACGUCCUCUACGGAGUGCACGCCAAGACCCGAGAGGAGAUGCAGAUGGUGCUGCCUCACAUGAGGAAGGGCUACGUUAACUGCGCGAUGCUGGCCAAGCUGGAGGGCGGUUCGGACACUGAUCCGUACCGGCAGCUCGCCCUCAAGUGGCACAUGACGGAUAUCCUCGGGGACGCCAAAAUCCUUAAGCACCGUGAUCUAUGCAAACUCGAGUCAAUGGGGAUCAGCACCGACGCGCAAGGUGAGCGGUACGGCUACUAUCUCCUCCAGAGCGUGGACUUUGCCGGGUGUCCGCCGCCUCAGGAGAGCAGCGACACGAUCCGAGCGAACAUGAUGUUCUGCAGCAUCUACCGCCAGGUUCCUGGGUCGCACAUUGUGGAGGUCUACGCAAAGGGAAUGGUUGACUUGGGCGGUGACAUCCCGGCCUUCCUGGUCUACAACACGUCGUGCUCGCUUAUGGUGUCGAUCAUCAGCGCCAUGGAAUGCGCCGAGGCGAAGCGGCUCACGCUUCUUGCCAUCCAAAAGUCUGAAGAUACGGCGGCUCCAGUUGAAGACCUCUCCAAGCUUGACCUGGAGGACUUCGAUGGAGAGACCACCCCCUCCGGGUACUCGAACUCGGGCUACAGUCUUCCGUCUGAAGUCACCUCGGGGAUCACUGCCACUCCGAUG